AUGCUGGACAGCUGGAAGGGAGCUCUGACGAAACCACAAUCGUCAUUCUCCAGUUCAAAUGUCCCCAUGACAGUGUCUUGGUGUGCCUGGUUUGAGGAAGGUCGUGCGACCGUUCAGUUGGUACCCAGGAUCGUCGAAUCACUGGCGGACCUCGCAGCUCGUGAAUCCGUCGUCUAUGGCGCCUGGCUCUAUGGCACCUACUUAGGUGCAGUCGGAAUGUCUCUCCACCACAAGUUAUGCCAUACCCUCGGAGGGUCCUUUAACAUGCCGCACGCCGAAACACACACCAUCAUCCUACCUCAUGUGUUGGCUUAUAAUGCUCCCUCCCGUUAUACCCGAUACUAUGAAGAGGUUAGUGAUGGCGAUGCAACCAACGGGCUGAGUAUGCUGCUUCAGAGGCCAAAGGUAAAGAGAUCAUUGAAGGACUUUGGAUUUAAAGACGAAGAUAUAGACAAGGCUGCGGAGAUUACGGUCGGGAACUCGUACUGGAAUCCAAGGACUAUAGAGAAGCAGCUUAUCAGGGAGUUGCUGAGGCGGACGUGGUCUGGAGAGGACGCAAGGGCGGAUCUGUGA